GUGUUAUGUUCGUUUUGAUUGAGGAGUGCUCUGCAGACGACGUGCAUCAAUAGCGUUCAUUACUCGGCUGCUGCUGCUGUUCUCUGCUACCAAAUAUGGAAGGUGUUGGGUGUCGGGUGGUGCGUGGGCCAGACUGGAAGUGGGGCAAGCAGGACGGGGGAGAGGGUCACGUGGGCACUGUGAGGAGCUUCGAGUCGCCGGAGGAGGUGGUGGUGGUGUGGGACACAGGCACAGCUGCCAACUACAGAUGUGCGGGCGCGUACGAUCUUCGCAUAUAUGACUCAUCACCAGCAGGCAUCAAACACGAGGGUGUGAGUUGUGGCUCGUGUGGGGUGUCGCCCAUCUUCGGGGUAAGGUGGAGUUGUGCCGAGUGCACCACCACCACCACCAGCAACAGCAGGACAGCAGACACCUCGGUGGACUUGUGCAGCUCCUGCUAUCACUCAGACAAACACAACAUCAGACACAGAUUUGUGCGUGUGGCCAAUGGGAGCAGUGAGGGAGUGGUGGUGGAGGCGAGGAGGAAGAGCAAGAAGGUGGUGGCCAGGGGCAUAUUCGCAGGCGCCAGAGUAGUCAGGGGCGUCGACUGGCAGUGGGAUGAGCAAGACGGAGGAAUGAAUCGAAGAGGAAAGAUCACCGAGAUAAUGGACUGGAGUGCCAACUGUCCCCGCAGUGCAGCCUAUGUGUUGUGGGAUCACGGCUCCAAGAACCUCUACCGAGUCGGAUUCGAGGGCAUGUCUGACGUGAAAGUGAUAGCAGAUGGGAAAGGAGGGUCGUUCUACAGAGACCAUCUGCCCCUGCUGGGAGAAGUGCCAGGCACUCGCUACUCUUCCUCUGCUGUGAAUGGAAUGAGUGGGAGGACGAAUGCGGGUGGUUUGAGUGUGGGAGAUGUGGUCAACAUCGACUUGGACUGUGAGGUGGUGAAGUCAUUCCAGCAGGGACACGGGGGGUGGACGGAUGGCAUGUUGGAGUGUGUACAGGUGGGCACCCAUGGCACAGUGGUGGGAUUGGACGAGGACAAUGACGUAGUGGUCGCCUAUCCCAGUGGAAACAGGUGGACAUUCAACCCCGCAGUGUUGAAGAGAGUCCGCGUUUUUCCCUCUCUCUUAACUAACUCUCUGGACAACCCACCCUCGUUCCACACUAGUGACAGCUUCGAGCAUGACCCCGACAACUCAGUCGGUGGUCUAACAGGAGGGGGAACAGGUAGUAACGGAAGCAACUCUCCUCGUGGUGCAGUGGGAGGGGUGGGUGCAAGCAUCGGGGCAGGAGUGACGGGAGCGUUGCAAGUGGGGGACAUAGUGCAGGUGAUCAGUGAUGCCGAGAGAAUGAAGGGGUUGCAAAGGGGCCACGGGGAGUGGGCGGUGGCUAUGAUGCCGACACUGGGCAAAGUGGGCCGUGUGCAGCAGAUCUACCAUGACAACGACAUCAAAGUGGAGGUGUGUGGCACCAGUUGGACAUACAACCCCCUCUGCGUGGUAAAACUCAACCCCCCAAAUACGACAUCCUCCUCCACCUCAUCUCACCCCCACCACCCAGACUACAACAGCAGUAGUCACCACCACGUCCACUUCCACAAUCAAAACAACAGCAGAGCAAACACUGCAGACUCAAACAAUUCUGAUAGAUUGUCGCAGCUGCUGAAGAAGCUGUUCGAGACCCCCAUCACUGGAGAGACUCACGAGGAGUUGGUGAAAGCAGCCGCCAAUGGGGACACGCAGAGGAUAGAACUCCUCCUCUCCUCCAGUGGACUCUCAGCCAACCAGAACGAAGCACCAUCUUCAACUGAGUCGUCUGGCGGUGGCCAAGUGGUGAAUGGUCUGUUUGCGGGACACACGGCACUCCAGGCUGCCAGUCAGAAUGGGCACGUGGACGCCGUCAAACUACUCAUCAAAUUCAACGCAAACCUCGAAACACAGGACAAGGAUGGGGACAGGGCCAUGCACCACGCCUCUCUUGGAGACGAGAAGGAAGUGGUGGAGGUGCUGGGCAAGGCGGGUGCUGACUUGAAUGCGAGGAACAACAAGAGACAGACUCCUCUCCAUCUGGCAGUCAACCGGGGUCACAAACAGGUGCUCAUUGCACUCCUCAAACUCGGAUGCCAUCCAAAUCUGCAGGACGGGGAGGGCGACACUCCUCUGCACGACGCCAUCAGUCGGAAGAGGGACGACAUGCUGAGUGUGUUGCUGGACUACAGGGCAGACAUGUGUGUCACAAACACCAACGGCUUCAACGCCCUACACCACGCAGCACUCAGGGGAAACCCAGGGGCGACUAAGCAGCUGCUGUCUAAGAUGUCGAGGCCGUGGAUUGUGGACGAGAAGAAAGAGGACGGCUACACUGCACUGCACCUGGCCUCCCUGAACAACCACGUGGAAGUGGCACACUUGCUAGUCAUAGAGGGCAAGGCCAACUUGGACAUUCAGAACUCAAAUUACCAGACUGCCCUGCACCUGGCAGUAGAACGCCAGCACACCCAGAUAGUGCGGCUGUUGGUCCGCAACGGGUGCCGUCUGGACGUACAAGACAAGGACGGAGACUCACCCCUACACGAGGCUCUGAGACACCACACGUUGAAGCAACUCAAACAGCUGCAAGAUAUGCAAGACGUGGGCAAACUGUUGAUGGGUCUGGGCCAACAAGGAGCGGAGAAGAAGAGCUCCGCAUCCAUUGCAUGUUUCUUGGCUGCAAAUGGAGCCGACUUGUUGAUCCAGAACAAAAAAGGACAAACACCUCUGGAUCUGUGUCCGGACCCGAACUUAUGCAAGGCACUCAAGAAAUGUUUCCGAGAACGAGAAAAAAAUGAUGACGGAAACCACUAUCUGCCGCCGGCCAAACCCACCAACAUCCACUCCCAGCAGCUGUCGGGCGCCAGUGGUGCAUCUGCCACUACUGCAGAGGAAGAGCAGUUGUCCCUGGACGAGUGCAUGGUCUGCUCGGAGAUGAGUCGCGAUGUCUUGUUCGGGCCCUGUGGUCACGUAGCCAUGUGUUCACUCUGUGCCCCCAGGGCCAAAAAAUGCCUCAUUUGCAGGGAGCCUGUGCAGACAAGAACCGAGAUUGAAGAAUGCGUGGUGUGUUCGUCGAAGAAAGCGAAUGUAUUAUUCAGCCCCUGUCAGCACAUGGUUGCAUGUGACGGCUGUGCUCCCCUGAUGAAGAAGUGUGUGCAGUGCAGAGUGCCCAUAGACCGGAUGAGUGGCUGGACCUUGUGUUGUGGGGGGCAGGGGGUGCCCAUAGUGGUGGGGGCUGCAGCUGCUGCCACGGGGGGCAAUGUCUCUUUUGCAGCACUUAACAACCAAGUGUCCAACAACAACAACCAGCAGCAGAAUAGCAAAGUGAACAAUUCGGGAGCAAACAACAAUGAAGGCGGCAGUGCACAGGCCAAGGUGCACAAUGGAGCACAUUCAGGAUCAAACGGAGGGGGUGAUAAAGAGAGGGAGGAUGUGUCGAAGCUGAAGCAGCAGCUGCAGGACCUGAAGGAGCAGACGAUGUGUCCGAUCUGUCUGGACAAACUGAAGAACAUGGUGUUCAUGUGUGGCCACGGCUACUGCCAGCUGUGUGGGGACCAGAUGGAAGAGUGUCCCAUCUGCCGCAAGAAGGUGGAGAAGCGAGUGCUGCUCUUCUGAGCCAGGCACAGGCCAGGCCAGUGUGUGUUGUCUGGCUCAGGGGGGGUGUGAUCCCGAUCAAUCAAUGGGUUCUGUCAGCCACACACAACUGUCGCCUUCAAACAACUGAACCCCACAACAGCUACACAUAAUCACGGCCGUCGACUGCUCAACGAAGCUGAUUGUCCCACGAAGAAACAUCUCAUAAAAAUGGAAGAUAGCAAAUCAAUCCAAAUAGCAGAAUGCAACUGAAUAAAACAGGCUGGAGAGGAAAUGCACCGAUUAAUGAAAGUGAUAUUAUCAUGUGAUGCGACUGGAUCUCGCAACGAGCAAUGAUUGUCUGUUUGUUUCACCUGAAGCAUGACAACAUUUCAACCAGAAACCUUACUCACAUAUCCGCAACUUCGGUUUGCUUUACCGUUCACCCCCUUUGUACAAACCACCACAAAUUUGUUCAUAAAUCGAUUGAUUUCCUUCUAUCACAUUCCGUUUAUGACCGCUCCCACGACAAAUAUGACAGAUUGGCAGGUUGUUUUUUUGAUCGAUGCAAAUUUAUCCUAGCCAUACUAUACUGCACCAUGAUGAUUUUCAGAACUGUGAUAGAUUUAAUUUAAAAAUAGCCCAAAACUUCCGACUUCGUGACUCAUUUGUUAUUUUCAUUUAAAUUAACGAAUAUACAAUUCUCUAAUUAUAAUCAAAUUUUUGAUUUUGAACUAAUUAAUUGAUUGUUUCCCAAUUUAUUAU